UACUUCAGGCAGUCUUCUCCUCACCUCUCCCCUCCUCCCCCUCUCUUCCAAUACUUCAGGCAGUCUUCUCCUCACCUCUCCCUCCUCCCCCUCUCUUCCAAGUACUUCAGGCAGUCUUCUCCCCACCUCUCCCCUCCUCCCCUCUCUUCCAAGUACUUCAGGCAGUCUUCUCCCCACCUCUCCCCUCCUCCCCCUCUCUUCCAAUACUUCAGGCAGUCUUCUCCCCACCUCUCCCCUCCUCCCCCUCUCUUCCAAUACUUCAGGCAGUCUUCUCCCCACCUCUCCCCUCCUCCCCCUCUCUUCCAAGUACUUCAGGCAGUCUUCUCCCCACCUCUCCCCUCCUCCCCCUCUUCCAAGUACUUCAGGCAGUCUUCCCCCACCUCUCCCCUCCUCCCCCUCUCUUCCAAGUACUUCAGGCAGUCUUCUCCCCACCUCUCCCCUCCUCCCCUCUCUUCCAAGUACUUCAGGCAGUCUUCUCCCCACCUCUCCCCUCCUCCCCCUCUCUUCCAAUACUUCAGGCAGUCUUCUCCCCACCUCUCCCCUCCUCCCCCUCUCUUCCAAGUACUUCAGGCAGUCUUCUCCCCACCUCUCCCCUCCUCCCCCUCUUCCAAGUACUUCAGGCAGUCUCACCUCUCCCUCCUCCCCUCCCUUGGAGACUAUCGGAAGAAGAGGGACGAGCUAUCGGAAGAAGAGGACGAGCUAUCGGAAGAAGAGGACGAGCUAUCGGAAGAAGAGGACGAGCUAUCGGAAGAAGAGGACGAGCUAUCGGAAGAAGAGGACGAGCUAUCGGAAGAAGAGGACGAGCUAUCGGAAGAAGAGGACGAGCUAUCGGAAGAAGAGGACGACUAUCUGAACACUUGCCCACAUGUCUUCUGA